UGUUUGGUUUAUAUAAAAUUGACACCCGGCCAUUAAUGUAGUGAUAUGAUAUGAUCAGCCAAUCACGUGGCAGCAGCACAGUGCAAAAAAUCAUAGUCACAUGUCAAGAGCUUCAGGACACACUGACACCAAGGUUUUGAACCUCAAAAAGCGAUUUAUAACGACAGCGGUAAACGAAAAACAUCUUAGAGCACAAAACGCGUCAAAGCUUGAGGCUGAUAGUUUAUGACAGCAGAAGGUCACGUCGGGUUCAACGUUAAUGUCAGCCAGGAACGGUUAUGGGCUAUGAGGCUACACUACAGUGAGGCUCAUCAUCACUGGACAGAAAAAUAGUGCCUGGACUGAUAAAUCCUGAGAUGAAAUUUUGAGUAAACAGCGUGUUCUUGUCUGACAGGAGUAGUCCUAUAGUUCUGCUGUUGAUCCUAUACGUCAGGGAUGUCCAAACUAUGUCCAUUUGCGAGCUGUUUUAGAAAUCAAAUUAGGGUUGUCCCGCUAUUAAGCAGGACUGUUUGAACUCUGGGUGGCGCUAUUUCAUAAAACAAAUCUAAAACGCUCCCCGUCUUCUUUCCCCCCAACUCAAAACAUUAACGUCACACCUGCGUUAACGUUCCUCAGUUUUUGGAUAAACACGGAGGCUCAGAAGAAAUUAAGACUAGAUGACCGAGCGAACGCAGAAGAUUUCAGGAGCGCUGAGAAUGAAAAUGUAUAUUUUUUUACUGGGUUCAGAGGGAAGUGGGUAUGUUUCAUUUAAAGAAUCAUAAUAAUCAUCCCAUUAGGAUUAUAAACUGGUGAGUGAAAUCAGAUCAUUAGUAAAUCAAAUCAAAUAAAAAGGUUUUGUUAAAUAAAAAGUAAAAAGUUUAAUUGUUAGGAAUUAAGUAGGUUUGUUAUAUUUUUAUUAAUUUUAUUAUAAACGAAUCUGUGGCCCCGUGUUUGCAUAUUUUUUACUCCAUAUGUCCCCUAACAAGAAGAGUUUGGACACCCCCGCUAUACUAUUUUAUACUAUACUGUUAUACUAUGUCUUUUAGAACCUGAACUCCAUAUAUUUACGGCCAUAUCAUUUAUAUUACAAUAUAAUUAUUAUAUCUCUUAAGCUGAGAUGUCAGCAGGUUUAAGAAUCUGAUCUGGAGUUUUUCGUACACAGUUUGUUUUACCUUGUCUUGGUUGUGCAACAAACUCGGACUGUUUGACGGAAAUACAGUACGUCAUGUUUCAAGAAAAAGAUUUUCGUUUCACAUUAAAAGCCCGAUGUUGUCUGUGUGCGUGACUGUUGAGCUUAAAAAGGUGUCAAGUGGCGCUCAGGUGGUGCAGCUAGCCCACCGCCACUGAGAUCUGGGUUCGGAUGUCAGCGGUACUUUCAGCCAGGUGGGCGUCCGCACAUACAUGAUCGGCUGUGUCUGAGGGGGAGCGGGGGGGCCGCUGCAACCCUGACCCGGAUAAAGCCGCUGGAGGCGAUGAAAGAUGGAUCAAGACAGAGGAAAGAGAGGAAAAAGACGGUGUCGUUCAGCAGCAUGCCCACCGAGAAGAAGAUCAGCAGCGCCAGCGACUGCAUCAACGCCAUGGUGGACGGUUCCGAGUUAAGGAAAGUGCGAUCCAACUCCAGAGUUUACUAUCGAUAUUUCCUGUUAGAUGCGGACAUGCAGUCUCUCAGGUGGGAGCCUUCGAAGAAGGAGUCGGAUAAAGCCAAAAUUGACGUGAAGUCCAUUAAGGAGGUGAGGACGGGUAGGAAUACGGACACUUUUCGGACCAACGGGAUUUACGAGCAGAUUUCGGAAGACUGCGCGUUUUCCAUCGUCUAUGGCGAGAACUACGAGUCUCUGGACCUGGUCGCGAACACGGCCGACGUGGCGAACAUCUGGGUGACCGGACUUCGGUACCUGAUAUCGUACGGGAAGCACAGCCUGAACGUGAUGGAGAGCAGCCAGAACAGCCUGCGCUCCUCCUGGCUCAGCGAUCUCUUCGACGAAGCCGACGUCAGCGGCGGCAAAAGCGUCGGCAUUUGUACGGCUGUGCAGCUGAUCAAAAAAUUAAACCCGGGUUUAAAAAACGUUAAAAUAGAACUCAAGCUGAAGGAGCUGCACAAAGCGAAGGAUAAAAUAGGGUGUGGCAUUACGAAGGAGGAGUUUAUUGAGAUCUAUCAUGAUCUUUGCACCAGACCGGAGAUUUAUUUCUUGCUGGUUCAGUUCUCGAGUAACAAGGAAUUCCUGGACGCCAAGGACUUGAUGAUAUUUCUGGAAGCGGAGCAGGGAAUGGCGCAGGUCAGCGAAGACACAAGUUUAGAGGUCAUUCAGCGCUACGAACCUUCAAAAGAGGGUCAGCUCAAGGGCUGGCUGUCUUUAGAUGGGUUCACGAACUACCUGAUGUCCAACGACUGCCACAUCUUCGAUCCGGAACACAAAAGCGUGUGCCAGGACAUGAACCAACCCUUGUCUCACUAUUACAUCAACUCCUCCCACAAUACCUACCUGAUCGAGGACCAGUUCAGGGGUCCGUCGGACAUCACGGGGUACAUCCGGGCCCUACAGAUGGGAUGUCGGAGCGUCGAGCUGGACGUCUGGGACGGGCCAGACAACGAGCCGGUAAUUUACACCGGCCACUCCAUGACCUCGCAGGUCGUCUUCCGGAGCGUCAUCGACAUCGUUAACAAGUGUGCCUUCGUGGCGUCCGAGUUCCCCUUGAUUCUGUGUUUGGAGAACCACUGCUCCCUCAAGCAGCAGAAAGUCAUGUUUCAGCACCUGAAGAAGAUCCUCGGGGACAAAAUUCACAAAGAUCCGCCCAAACCGGACGAUAAUUACCUCCCCUCCCCUAACGACCUGAAAGGCAAGAUCCUUUUGAAAGGGAAGAAGCUGGGGAGCACCUGUACCGGCUCGGAGGGGGAGGUGACCGACGAGGACGAGGGCGCGGAGAUGUCCCAGAGGAUGAACGUCGAGGGAGGAGAACCGCAGACCGUCACUCAAGGGAAAAAGUUCCAGCUCUCUAAAGAUCUCUCUGACCUUGUGACCUUGUGCAAAUCCAUCCAGUUUAAAGACUUCCAGACGGCGUUCCAGAACCAAAAACAUUGGGAACUUUGCUCCUUUAAUGAAGUAUUCGCUACCAGGUGCGCCAGCGACUUCCCUGGCGAGUUUGUCAACUACAACAAGAAGUUUCUGGCCAGGGUGUACCCGAGCCCCAUGCGCAUCGACUCCAGCAAUAUGAACCCUCAGGACUUUUGGAAGUGCGGCUGCCAGAUAGUAGCCAUGAACUAUCAGACUCCGGGUUUGAUGAUGGACCUGAACAUCGGCUGGUUCCAACAGAACGGCAACUGCGGCUACGUGCUCCGCCCGGCCAUAAUGAGGGAGCAGGUGUCUUAUUUCAGCGCCAACACGAAAGACUCGGUGCCCGGCGUUUCCCCCCAGCUCCUUCACAUAAAGAUCAUCGGCGGGCAAAAUUUCCCCAAACCCAAGGGCUCGGGCGCCAAAGGGGACGUCGUGGACCCCUACGUGUACGUCGAGAUCCACGGCAUUCCGGCCGACUGCGCCGAGCUGAGGACUAAAACCGUCCACCAGAACGGAGACGACCCUCUGUUCGACGAGAGCUUCGAGUUUCAGAUUAACCUCCCCGAGCUGGCCAUGGUGCGCUUCGUGGUUCUGGACGACGACUACAUCGGGGAUGAGUUUAUCGGUCAGUACACCAUUCCGUUCGAGUGUCUACAGCCGGGAUUUCGCCACAUUCCUCUUCAGUCUCUGACCGGUGAGGUGCUCCCUCACGCCUGGUUGUUCGUCCAUGUUGCCAUUACCAAUCGGCGUGGCGGGGGCAAGCCUCACAAGAGAGGAUUGUCUGUCCGCAAGGGCAAGAGCAGACGGGAGUACGCCUCCAUGAGGAUACUGCUCAUUAAACCGGUGGACGAGGUAUUCCGGAGGGCCACGCAACCUCUCAGAGAGGCCACUGACCUCAGAGAGAACAUGCAGAACUCUUUAGCAUCGUUCAAAGAACUGUGCGGUCUGUCCGCUGUGGCCAACCUGAAGCAGUGCAUUCUGGCUCUCUCGUCUUGUCUGACGGGUGCAGACAAUAACCCGCUGGUGCUGUUCAACCUGAAGGAGCAGUACCCCACCAUGGAGGCUCAAGGGUUUCUGCCCGACGUCCUCAAGAAGGUGGUGACUGCCUACGAGACGAUGAUCCAGACCAGCCGGGCGCUGCUGGAGAACUUGGAGGGCAUUUAUGACAAGAUCCUUCAGGUCCAGAAAGCAGCGAUGGAGUUUCACGAGAAUCUGCACGACAUGGCGGUAAAGGAAGGUCUGAAGGGCAGGAAGCUACACAAAGCUAUCGAGAGCUUCACCUGGAACAUCACCAUCCUCAAGGGUCAGGCGGAUCUGCUGAAGCACGCCCGCGCCGAGGUCCUAGAGAACCUGAAGCAGGUUCAUUACGCCGCCCUGACCAGCUCCCUGGCCCAUGGGGCGCAGUCCUCCGGGUCCGACUCCAGAUCCUGCCGCAGCCUGGGGGCCAUUCCGGAAAAAGCCACCGGAGAGGAGGAGGAAGAGGAGGAGGACAGCGACGAGGAGGAGAACUGAAAACACGAGCCUGAAACUCCAGAUCUUUACAGGCUACGUGUGGCGUGAGCGCAGCAGCAGGUUUAGAGGAGGAGCUGGAUUCAAAAAGGAGCCAAGGAUUGAAUUUUCCUGCCCUGAUCCGAAAGAGGAAGGAGGCACAGAAAUCAAACCCUGCCGUCGUACAAUCCGUGUGUCCUCCGCCUUUUUUAGAAAUCAUUCCACGUGGGCCGAAGUGCCUCAUUUUCCACGAGAAACCUCGAACCCUUGCGUUCCUCCUCCCCUCUCGAUCCUCUCCGCCGAGCUCACAGUUCUAGACGUGUGCCGUAGUCUAACAGGACCGCGAGUAGCCCGCUCGCCGUCUGCUCGUCGCCUUGCUAGCAUAACACGCGCACGCCAAGA